AUGUGUAUACCAAAGGACGAUGAUCUAAGGCAGUCUAUUCUGCGGGAAGCACAUAGCAGUCUCUAUCCUAUGCAUCCUGGCAAAAAUAAGAUGUAUCAGAAUUUGCGUGAGCUUUAUUGGUGCCCUGGACUUAAGCACGAGGUUAUGGAUUAUGAAGCAAGUAUUGGGAUGGCUCCAUAUGAAGCACUGUAUGGACAAAGGUGUCGAACUCCAACAUGUUGGAUAGAAUUGGGCGAACAAAGAAUUUGCCCUGAGUUAGUAGCAAAUACUGAGGAUAAGGUAAAAUUGAUUCAGGAUCGGUUGAAGGAGGCCUUGGAUAGGCAGAAGUCGUAUGCUGUCCUUAAGCAUCAAGAGAUAGAGUAUGCAGUGGGGGACUUAGUUUUCUUUAAGCUGGAAUUACCUCCUGAACUAAGCCAGAUCCACGAUGUGUUUCAUGUUCCCAUGCUAAGAUGGUAUCGCUCGGAUCCUUCACAUGUCGUGGUGGUGGAGGAAAUUGACAUCAGGCCAGGCCUAACUUUCGAGGAAGAGCCCAUACAAAUAAUUGGAUGUCAUGUUAAGGUACUAAGAAGGAAGUUCGUCCCAUUAGUAAAAGUGCUUUGGCGUAAUCACAAGGAUGACAGGGCCACUUAUGAACCUGAGGAAACGAUGUGA